AUGGCUCUCCGGUCUCAUAGCACUACGAAGGUCGCAUAUUAUUAUGAUGGGGAUGUUGGAAACUAUUAUUAUGGUGUAGGGCAUCCUAUGAAACCGCACAGAAUUCGAAUGACCCAUAACCUUAUUCUUAAUUAUGGUCUCUAUCGGCGAAUGCAAAGACCCUAUACUGCUUCAUUUGAAGAAAUGACUCAGUAUCACAGUAAUGAUUACUUAACGUUUUUGAAGAAUAUACGACCGGAAGAUGUAAUUAAUGGCCAUACAUCUAAACUCUGCGAACGGUACAAUGUUGGCGCGGACUGUCCUGUUUUUGAUGGUGUUUAUGAAUUUUGUCAAACUUCUUGCGGUGGUUCACUUGCUGCAGCAAAAAAGCUUAACAGAAAUUUGGCGGAUAUAGCAAUAAACUGGAUGGGUGGUUUACAUCAUGCCAAGAAAAGCGAAGCAUCUGGAUUUUGUUAUACUAAUGAUAUUGUUCUAGCGAUUCUUGAACUCCUGAAGUAUCACCAACGUGUUCUGUACGUAGAUAUCGAUGUCCAUCAUGGUGAUGGAGUGGAAGAGGCAUUCUAUACAACAGACCGAGUAAUGACAUUGUCAUUCCAUAAGUUUGGUAAAUAUUUCCCGGGCAGCGGAGAUGUUAAGGAUAUCGGUUCUGGUAAAGGAAAGCACUAUUCUGUGAAUUUUCCUUUGCUUGACGGUAUUGACGAUGAUACGUUUCAGCGAAUAUUUCAGACAGUUGUGAGUCAGGUUAUGUUGAAGUACCAGCCAUCGGCAAUUGUUUUGCAGUGUGGUGCCGACUCACUAGUUGGCGACAGACUUGGACCUUUCAACCUUUCUAUAAAAGGGCAUGGAAAUUGCGUUGAAUUUAUGAAGAAGUUCAACCUUCCACUUCUUUUGCUUGGUGGAGGUGGUUAUACUAUUUCUAAUGUCGCGCGUUGCUGGGCUUAUGAAACAUCAAUAGCUCUGGAUGUUGAGUUGUCGAAUGAGUUGCCUUACAAUGAUUAUUUUGAGUACUACGCGAGUGACUUUAAACUUCAUAUUACUCCCUCAAAUAUGAACAAUCUAAACUCACCUGGUUAUCUUAAUAAAAUACAAUCGAUGAUUUUCGAGCAUUUGCGUUGCAUACCGCACUCACCUACCGUGACAGACCAAUCAUUCAGUUCAGCAUAUGGUCAAAGGAAUAUGCAAAUUUCAAAUGAGCUUUUUUGGGCACGAGAAUAUGACAACUACGUAGAAGGGGAUAACGAAUUUUAUGAAGACUGUAGCAGUUCGGCUGGUCGAAAUCAACGAAUUUCUAAACGAACUGCAACAAUUUCGUCGGAAGAGUCGAAACGAACUCGAGUUUCAUCACCAGAACUUCAAACAAAUGUAGAAUCUUCUUCAUCUACCAGUUGUCCAAAUUCUUUAUGA